AUGCUGGGUGUUCUGUUGAGGCAGAAGAAAGUGACCGAGCAGUUUCUGCAUCACUCAGAGUUCAGUCGCUCUCUCGGAUUGCCGAUGACCAUAGCUCUUGUAUGCACCUGCUCCGUCCCUCUGCUUAUAUUCGUGCUGAUGCCGUUCUCAUUGACCAGUCUGGCUGGACCAUCGACCUUACUGGCCGUGCUAAUUACUUUCAUAGUGGUAUUGCUAGCAUCUGCACAUCUGACCGAACUCUCGUGCGCCUUGCCAAAGAACUGUGUCCUCUACCAAUUCACUUACGUUAUGCUUGGAGAACUUCCUGCGUUCAUCGUCGCUUGGACUGCCGUCCUUGACUCCGUCUGUAUUUCCACAGUUCUCUGUCGAGCUUGGAGCGAACAUAUUAAUCUCUUAUUUCGUCGCUUUCUUCACCCGUACAUGUCGCUAAAAUUGCUCCAUCAUCAAUCGGGACUGUGGAUAAUCAGUGACGAUUACGAUUUCACAGCAUUAUUUGCCGUAGUCAUCACUUUUCUUAUCCUCUGCUGUAAUCUACGGGUCGUCGGUACAGUUUCGCUUUGCUUAGUUGUUGUGGCUAUCCUGAUGACAGCCAGCUGUACUAUGGUAGGAUUUUUCCAUGCGGAUCCACAAAAUUGGAUUGAUGCCAAUUUUUUCCGAUUUGGAUUCGAUGGAGUUCUGAAGGCAAUAUGUGCACUGUCGUGUGCAUUUGCUGGCGUUGAUGCUACUUCCUACCUCUUUGAAGAGACGAAAACACCACGCAAACAGCUGUCUACACUUCUACCAACGCUAGUGACUUUCCUCUCGUUGUUCUUCUUCUUCGUCGUCAUGAUUUUCAGCCUUUCAACAGAUGUCUCUAAACUGCCCGAAAAUGUGCUUGUGCCCGAGAUGUUCAGCGUAUUGAAUGUACCCGCGGCCAAAUAUAUGCUGACCGUGGCUGCAGUUUGCGGUCUCUCCGGAGCCGUGCUGGCAUCGUUUCUACCUGGCUCGCGCAUGAUAAAUGCCCUCAGCUCGGAUCGUCUUCUUCCACUGCCAGCCGAUAUGACGGCUCGACCGGUUAUGUCCGUAUUUAUCUUUUCUAUCCUUGUGUCUUUCGGUCUGCUCAUUCAUCGCAACGUGCUACUACACCUCGUUUUUUUCACAACUCCUAUGAAAAUGAUUGUGGCGAUCUGCUUGGUGGUUCUCCAACACUACACUCCCGAACCGGUCGGUAUUCCACAUGAGACCAGCCAUUACAAAUCCAUACGGAAAAAGCGACAACAAGUGAGUUUGGCUGGCGAUGAAACGAGUAUUGUGACAAGCACAGUGACACAUGACGAUGAAGAUAGCGACAUCUCCGUCGACACUUCCGUCUUUCUGCAGAUGGCUGUGGCCAAAAGAGAAGCACAGCGGCAUCAACUGCGGCUAGAGAAGAAGCUUGAGAAAAGCCUCUCCGAGAAGGAAGAAAAAGAACCCGUCCUAGUAAAAUCUGUUUCACACUACAGUUCUAUGGCUCCAGUAGUUUCCCGUCAACAACAAAGGCAUAAUUGUAUUACCGACGCUUGCUCACAAGGAGACUCAGAUGAUGAAACUCCUCAACGGAUUCAUCUUUAUGCUCAAGAAGUGCCUGAGCUUCCAUUUGUGGAAACUUUCCAUGGUGCCGGCCGAGCUUCAACGCCGGUUAAUAUCGAUGAGCAUUAUAGAAAAUCCAAGUGGACGCUCGUUCUUUUCCUCACAUCUUCUACUCUUUUCUGCCAGUUCGCAGUGUUUUCCGGAUUUGAGAGUGUCACUUCUUCCGUAGUGUUGUCUUUAAUUCUUGCCGUUGUGUUCUUAUCAAUCAUGCUAGGAACAAGAAUUACAACAAAUGAUCACUUACAAAGGAGGCAAGGAAAAGUGCCAUUGUUUCCAUACGUCUCCUAUCUCACCCUCUUUGUGCUGAUCUUCGCUCUCGCCACUACAAGUCCGCUUACGCUUCUGAUGUUUGCUGCUUGGUCGUUUAUCGGCCUAGUCCUCUAUUUCAUUUAUGGUGUUUGCAACAGCGCUCAAAGGCAUCGGACCUAUGGCGCGUAUGUUGACGACGACGAUGCGGAAAUGUACCGUGCCAUUAUUGGCAAUGACUAUGCUAUACAGUUUGAAUAA